AUGCGUGUCCAGCUUAUUGUUCAUGUUCUUGCUGCCCUGGUGGUGGCGGUGUCGACAUCCCCAUUCAAAGCUUCAAACCAUGUCGUACACAAACGACGGAUGGUACAUCCCCACCAAUGGGCAAAACAACACCGUCUACAUCCUCGAGCUGUCUUUCCGCUACGGAUAGGGUUGAUGCAGCAAAACAUCCAUCGAGCCGAGGAAUUCAUACACGAGGUCUCCCACCCCGCAUCAGCGAGAUACGGAAAGCAUUGGACACCUGAAAAAGUCGCAGAGGUGUUUGCUUCUUCGCCUGAGACGGUAUAUGCUGUGAAAGCAUGGUUGUCAGCCGAAGGCAUCGAGGGGAGUCGGAUCAGAACCUCGAGAUCUAGGAGCUGGCUCGAGUUCAAUGCCACAGUGCAGGAAGCCGAGAGGUUGCUCCGCGCGGAGUAUCAUAUGUAUAGCCAUGACACGGGACAUAAACAUAUUGCAUGUAAGGAGUAUAGUAUUCCGGAGCAUCUGUUGGGACAUAUUGAUAUCAUUACCCCCACUGUGGAUUUCGAUCAGAAGGUCCUGCAGCCUCGACAUAUGCUCCACGGUGAGCAGAUUCCUGCCUCGUUGCAAAUGGUUAAUAAGCGAGAGGUGGAGCUGCGGACCAGGAAAAGAGAUCUUGGGAAGGGAAUCGUUGGGUCUGCGGAUGAUGGCUCGAAUCCGAAGGAAGGACCUGCUAUCAUUAAUGCGCUGAUGACGUUGGAGAAUUGCGAUACGAUGAUUACGGUUGCGUGUCUGCAGGCUUUGUAUGAUAUGCCGAUAGGAAGCAAGGCGAUGAACAACAAUACCCUCGGUAUCGUGGAGUACACGCCCCAAGCAUUCCUGCAGAAAGAUCUGGAUAUGUUCUUCAGGGAGUUUGCGCCCCAGCAGGUGGGCCAGUCGCCCGAGACACUCCUCAUUGACGGCGCGACGGUGCAGACGCUCAACCAGAGUUUCGCGCUGAAUGGCGAGUCGGCGCUGGAUUUACAAUAUGCCAUGGCGCUCAUCUACCCCCAGAAAGUGACACUAUAUCAAGUGGGUGACUUGGUCUCCGGCGCUUCCUUUAACAAUUUUCUGGAUGCGUUGGAUGGCUCAUACUGCGACUUCCAAGGCGGCGACUCUCCGGAUCCGAAUAUCGACGGCCAGUACCCGAGUAAACAACCGGGUGGCUACACGGGCCCGAAGGCAUGCAGGACGGUGCAGAGUACCAAGGUGAUCAGCACGAGUUAUGGGUUCAAUGAGGCGGAUCUGAGUGCGCGGUAUACGCAGCGGCAGUGUGCGGAGUAUAUGAAGCUUGGUCUGCAGGGUGUGACGAUUUUGUAUUCCAGUGGGGAUUCGGGGGUCGCGGGGAAUGGGGGGAUGUGUAUUGGGAAGAAUGGGGCGUAUAAUAAUGGGAGUGAGGGGGCUUUUAAUCCGAUUUUUCCUGGGGGGUGUCCUUGGGUGGGUGGUUGUUUCUUGGGUUUUCCUUCCCCGUCCUACCCCUUUUUCCCCUCGCUUACGGUGUUUCUCUUGGCACCUUCGUAAUCACGAUUCCACAUCAAUAUCAUCAUCUGCAACAAAUACGUACAAUAAAUCACUAACUGAGAUACAUAGGUCACCUCCAUAGGCGCAACCCAAGUCCUCAACGGCUCCACAGUCCGCACCCCCGAAGUCGCCGCGCAGCGCGUAAUCUCCUCCGGCGGCGGCUUCUCCAACAUCUUCCCCAUGCCCCUCUACCAACGCCCCGCCGUAACCUCCUACUUUGCGCAAAACAAAAUCUCCUUCGGAACGAGUGCCUCGGCGCCGACGUUUGGGGUGAUCAUCAAUAUGGUUAAUAAGGAACGGGCGGCAGUGGGGAAGGGACCGGUGGGGUUUGUGAAUCCGGUGUUGUAUGGGAAUAGCAGGGUUUUGACGGAUGUGCGGUUUGGGAGUAAUCCGGGUUGUGGGACGGGGGGGUUUAAUGCUAGUGAGGGGUGGGAUCCGGUUACCGGGUUGGGAACGCCGAAUUAUCCCGAGAUGUUGGGGUUGUUUAUGGGGUUGCCUUAG